AACUGCAGAUGCGGGAAUCUGGACUGAAAACAAAUGUCAAAAAUUCUGGAGAUCAGGGAGCAAAAUGUGGAGGUUUGAGGUGGUCAGUGGCAUUGGGAAUUCGUGUCCGCUUCCAGCCGCACUGUGGGUGUGGGUUGGGGUGAUGGAGUGGCAGUGGGAGGUGCCCUUUUGGAUUGCUUAGGGAUUAGACACAGAGGAACUGCCCCUGAUCAGAGAGCGGGCAAGCGGGUUCCCUCAGCACAGUUCAAACAGGCUGCUGCUGCUGCUCACUGCCUGAGCGUGCAGUCUGACUGAAAGCAGCAACUUCAGGCCCUGGCUCCGCCUUUGAUCUGAGAGUAACUCAGGAAGCUCUCUCAAACUCAUCGAUCGCCCAGCCUCACCAGCCAGGUAUUUUGGUCACGAUGAAGAGUAUUGUCCAGCCAAUAGCAGUGUGGGAGAGGAAAGCACCGUCUCACUCAAUCUGUGCUCUCAUGCUAACUGAUGAUCAGCGAACUAUCGUGACAGGGAGUCGGGAAGGGCAGAUUUGCCUCUGGAACCUGUCACCUGAUUUCAAGACGCUGCCAAGACAAUUUCUGUUUGGUCACACUUCUCCCAUUACCUGCCUGGGCAAAGCAAGUGAGAAGCAACCGUGUGUUGUCAGCGCAGCUGAAAAUGGGGAGAUGUGUCUUUGGAAUGUCACCAGUGGCCAAUGUAUAGAACAUACAAAACUGCCCUUCACCCACACUGCAAUCUAUUACUAUUACCGUUCGUUUCGGAUGUCCGGUGAUGGCUGGUUGCUUUGUUGUGGACAGUAUCAGGAUGUCCUGGUCAUUGAUGCCCGCAGUCUGGAGCUUUGCCAUGCGCUUGUUUCAUCUGCGACACCUGACUGGAUCAGCUCAAUGUGUAUUGUCCGUUCCCAAAGGAUUCAAGAGGAUUCCUUGGUGGGCAUAUCAGUGACAGGAGACCUCAAAGUGUGGGAUCUUUCUUCAUCAGUUAAUGGUAUCCAGGCAAGGGAGGAUGUUUUUGAAGCAGAAUCCAAGUCACUCCAAUGUUUUAAUUGUCAAGCAGUCUGUUUCUGUACCUAUACUGAACGUUUGCUGUUAGUAGUUUGCUCUGAUUGCUGGAAGGUAUUUGAUUACUGUGACUUCUCAUUGCUGUGCUUUGUCAAUUGCAAUAAUGGUCACCACUGGGCUGGUGGCGAAGUCUUGGCUGCAAAUAAAAUAAUCCUCUGGACAGAGACCGGGCACAGUUACAUCUACCAGCUGCCCGACAGGUGGGGACAGAUGGGGAAACCACGUGAAAAGUUCAGCAGCCUGUUCAAAGCUGGCAUUUUUACUUCCCACGGACAUUCAUUAACUGAAACUGUUUCACCUCGGUUGCUCUGCUAUACAUCAAAAGAUGUUAACCGGAAGUUUUUUCAGACAAUUCUGAUUUUUAUCAACGAGCGUAAAGAACCAUUUCAUAAGAUUCUGUUCUCUGGUGAAGCAUCAGGAACGAUUUCCAUGUGGCACAUUCCUGAUGUUCCAAUGGCCAACCGUGAUGGUUCCCCUCAAGAAAUUCAGAUAGCUACGACGUUGAGUCUUCAAGAAGCAUUUGAACAACAUAAGAUCUUGACGGAAGAAAUAACUGGCCAGCUUGGUGUACUCCCAAACGGAAUCCAAACUGGUUUGAUUACCGCUAGUGUCUAUAUUCCCAAUCUCGAUAACCUGGUUUGUGGAUGUGAAAAUGGGAGAAUUAUAAUUACCCUUGGCUUGCAUGCUGCCCGGGCUCAACUCCUGGUGGAACACUCCUUGUUGAAAGCCUGGUUACCCCACAGGAUUCUGGUGGGUCACUGUGCUAAAGUCACCUGUCUCCUCCACCCAUGCAAUAAAUCUGCGACCUUUGACACCAGCUGGUUGGUCUCUGGGGACGAGGAUUCGAAUGUGAUCUGGUGGAAUAUGUUCAAAGGAGAAGUUCUGCACAAAUUUGUGUUGCACGCAGGCCCAGUACUGAACCUGUCAGUAUGUCCAGAAGACUGCAGUCCAGAGAUACACCAGUGCAUUUGCUGUUUAGCAAAUGAUAAUUCUGUCACGUUGUUGAGUCUUCAAUACCGAACAUCCUUGAUGCAUGCAAGAAAACAUCUUUCACCAGUGAAGCUAAUAAAAUGGCGUCCAGCAGAAGACCUCCUUGUAGUUGGAUGUGAUGAUGGAGCAGCAUAUGUUUGGGACGUUGAGACUGGUACUCUUGAUCGUCAUGAGACUGGUGAUAUUGCAAAAGCAAUCAUUGCUUCAUGUGAUGACACAUCAUCUACAUUCGUGAAUGUUAUGGAUUCAAUAUCUCUGGGAGUUAGACCUCCAGAUCCAAUCAAGAAGAAGAACACCAACUACAAACAAUCUGGCUCUUUCAAAUUCAGCUCCUCUUCACCUGCUUUCCAAACUGCAGAAAGCUCCAAAUCUUCCGAGAAGUCUGCAUUUCUGGAACCAACUCUGCAGCCAUUCACGGUGCUGCCUGUGAAGACAGAAUGGAGUGAUAGCACCAUCCACGUUUUACUAUUUGAUGUCAGUGCCAUUUGCGAACAGCUGUUCUCACAUCAAGAGAAAGAGCCCAAGUUACAGAAUACCAUCCCAAACCAUGAAACGUUAAAGAGACUAGCUAACAUUGAUGGGAAAAAACCACCAAUAUCCUUAAAAAGAAAUAAGGCAACAUUGUCUCCAUGUCAGGCAAAUGGUUCAGUUAAAGAUUUAGUCCAUGACCAUUUAUUUUAUAGCGAAAGCAUCACAAAUGGACUUGCGCGGGAAACUGCUGCAAUUAGCAAACAAAAAACUAAACUCAAGGGUACGAAAAGGGUUACACCGUCAACAGUAAAAAGAAUGGAUGUUAAUACAGCCAGAGACACAGCUAAAUUACUCAUUUCUUGCCUGUUUCCAUGGGGUGUGGAUAGAGAUCUGGAUGAACUCUGCACAAAGCAUCUGGGCAUGUUUGAGCCUUGCUGUCCAGUGUCCUUUGGCCUUUUGUCACAAGACGAUCACUUGUCUCUCCUUUUGCCGGGAUGGUAUCAGCUCAAUCGGGAGGGGACGAAGGAUUAUGUAUUCUGCAGCAAGAUAUCAAAUAAAGUUGUGGAACUUGCAAAACAGGUCUCAAACAUUACCCAGCUUUGCACUGUCUCUGUGGAGGAGAUCCUGAAUGAUGAAGCAGAUGGAAACUUUCAGUUAGAAAUGAUAUCCUAUUUGCUAUCUGUCAUCUUGUUGGUCAACGUACAGAUGAGAAUGUCUUUUCUGUCCAAGGAGAACGAAACACAUAAUGCCAUGAGGCAGCAGAAGACAGAAUGCCUACGAGGUAAAGGAGGGGAUGCCUUCCACUCAUCAAUCCCAUCAUUUUCUGCAGAAGGGAAACAAAACCGAACCUUUUCUCUACCCUGGGGCUUAAGUAAGGAAAAGAGUUUCGACACCCUUACAAGCCUGAUCGCUAGUUGGCAAGUGCAGUCAGUGGAGCUGUUGGAAGCAGUACAAGCCAUGCUGCUCUCAGAAGUUCAGAGGGUUUUCAGAUCUUUGAGAAAGAAACCAAUCUGUAACCAAGCAUUGACUGGAGCGCAGAAUGGCAGCAGCGAGUCCCAGAGUGAACAAAUACAAGAAACACAACAAAAUCCAAGCACAACAAUGCUUUCUGCACACAACAUGCACGACAGCAGCCCAGAGCCGGCAAAGCACCAAGAACCUGAGGAUGUGCCUGACAGACGUGCCUUUGAGGAGUCGGACAGUCCAGACAGUCUGAGAGAGUGGCCUAUGUCCAGGAUCUGUUUUUGCAAAGUCUGCUGAAUUAACCAGGCAUCUACUACUGGUGACUUGUCCUCCAUUUAAUUGAAUUAUAUUAAAAUUAAGAUGGAUUAAAUACUGCAGGAGUUUGAGCUGUUAAUAACAGACUGGAUUCAUGACCUCGUACUGGAAUGGGUAAGGAUUUUGAGAUGGAAAAUAAAUAAUUCUAUCCAACAAUACCAAAUCCAUGUGUCAAAAACUAGGAAGACUUUGAGAGCAUUUCUUGAAUUUGCUGUUUGGUUUAUAUUAUGCAAUUGUGCUGUCAUUUGUAAUUAAUCCAGUGUACUAUUUAUUGAUAGUAAAAGUUAAAUGCCAGAUUCAAGAUUUGUUUGCAAUUUUAUGUUUCAUGAAAAUAAAAUAAAGUCAAAUGUAUCGAUGAUUUGAACUCCCAAAUGUAUAAAGAAAGAAUUUAUAUCGUAUCUUUCAUGAUUUCAGGAUCUGUACAUUGCAGAAAUUGAGCAUUCUAUGAAGUGUAAUGACUUAUGAUGUAGAAAACACAGUAACCAAUUUGCAUGUAGCCAGCUCCCAUGGACUGCAAUGUGACAGUGACUAAACUGUUUUUAAUGAUGUUGAAUAAGAAAUAAACAUUGAACAUAGAACAUUACAGCGCAGUACAGGCUCUUCGGUCCUCGAUGUUGCGCCAACCUGUCAUACCAAU